UACCAGCUUGACCCUCUGUGGUAACACGUCCAGCACGUCCAGCAGCCCCGGCGGCGAAACGGCGUAUAUCACAAUGGGAGGAAAAACGCCGACGCUGCCGGUGCUCGCCUGUUGUUGGCUGGCCGCGGCCGCGGCCGUGGCCGAUGCUCCCGACGAACGGACGACGUCGGAUUUGAGCGAAUCGCUGCGGCGGCGCGGCGAGACGCGGACGUACCAUGCCUACGUCGCGAAGCAACAGUCGAAGCUCGCGCUCUACCCGGAGAAGAUCCGGGCGAUCGACGUCGCGCGGCAGCACCAGGUGCGGCGCGAGUUUGCCGCCGCGGUGGCCCGCGGGACCGCGGGCGUCGCGGGCUUCGGAGGCCGAACGGUGCUGUGUCUCGGCGCGCGCCUAGGCGGCGAGGUCCGCGCGUUCAAGAGCCUCGGCGCUGUCGCGGUUGGCAUCGACCUCGAACCCGGUCGGGGCAACAUGGACGUCGUCUUCGGCGACUUCCACGACGUGCCGUUCGCGGCGGACAGCUUCGACUACGCGUAUUCGAACGUGCUGGACCACAUCUACGACCUGCGACGGUUCGGCCGCGAGGUCGCGCGCGUGAUCAAGCCCGGGGGCCUCUUUUUCGCCUCGCUCUACCCGGGCGCCUCCGUCGGCGGCGCCGACGCCUGGACCGCAAAGCAGGCCGCGUCGCUCGACGAUCGGCCCGCCUUUGUCGCCGCCAUGCGCGCGUGCGGCUUCGAGGAGGUCGACGAGACGCGGAUCACCGAGGACAUGGAUCUGUCCAGCGUCAUGCCGCCCGGGGCCCGGAACGCAAUCUGGCACCAGAAGAUCCUCACGAUCUACCUCCGCCGGCGAUCGUGAGAGGACAAAAGAGCGAACCGGACAAAACGGCUGCGGGAAGGCGCCACGCGGUUCUGGCCCGAGCCUGUAGGUUCAGCGAGACCGGGUCUGUCGAUGAGAGUCGUCACUCUUUGAAGUUCGCCUGGCGGUGCCGCGCAUGAGCCCCGGCGACGGUUCCAGUGCGACCAGCGCGCGAUGGAGUCCAAGCGCCGGCGGCACAUCACGCCUGCCGAGCUUACUACCGGAAAUUCCAAUGUGCGUUGUCGGCGGAAGUCUAGCCACGGCUCGAGUGACCACCGCGGCUUGAAGUUUAAAAUACGUGGUUAAUUACGCCGCGGCUGGCGGAGACGACCCCACAAUUGAUCCCACGUACAGGGACGAUGCUCCUAGUCACCCUGCACCCAUACCGGAAAUUCCAAUAGAAUUCGGCUAUUUCUCCUGAGCACUCUCGAAUAAACCUCUCAAACCGUCCUGGAUCGAAGCAAUUAACCGUCCUUGCCGCGACUCUGGCCCGGACUCCGAGUCGGAGCUUUUGCUUUGUAAACGCUCUAUCUCCGAGUCGAGCCUGAGCAGUUAUCUCUUGCAACACUGCCUUGAGUUGUACAGAAAAGGAGGCACUGGCAGGCUCUGGAAGCAUCACAGCCAAUUUCUCAUUCGGAACCAUGAAUAUUAUAUUUUCUCUGCUACCGCCGCGACAUGUAAGAAAGUAUCUUUGUAGCGAGCCCCAGGUGACGAUAUUGCAAGAUACCAGUACGGUACGGUACUGUCCGGGCCCGGCGACGCGGAGAGGCCCGGCAGCUGCUGGCUCCUGGACGACCUUCACCAAGGCCCUAGUAUAGACGACUCCCUCCCGCUCUGAGCUGAACCGAACCGCUGCUCUGGAAAUGCCCCAUGGAACCGCGGCUCUGGAUCCUGUCCAGGCGUUCGCGCACCUGCUGCCGCCGGGCGACGUCGUCGACGCUGGCGCGAACGACGGGGCGUUCCUUAUUAAGUACCUACCUACCCGCGAAGCGAACCUAGGGGACGCUGCUGAGCAUGGACC